GUUGGGGCAGCCGCCUGGUGGGGGCAGCAGAGCGCGGCUGUGAUCAGACUCAGAGACAGAAGAAGAAGCAGGAGAAGGAGACGGAGCCGGAGAAACAUCAUCCAUCUUCCGAGAGACCCACAGCACCAUCUCACACCAGAACACACCGCAGGCAUCAUGGGAGCCGUGCUGGGACUGUGCUCCAUGGCGAGCUGGGUCCCCUGCCUGUGUGGCAGUGCCCCUUGCCUGCUCAGUCGCUGUUGUCCCAGUGGGAAUAACUCGACGGUGACCCGGCUGAUCUACGCCUUCUUCCUGCUGCUGGGUGUAGCGGUGGCCUGCAUCAUGCUGAUGCCCGGCAUGGAGGGCCAGCUGAAGAAGAUUCCAGGUUUCUGUGAAGGCGGGAUGGGCACCUCCAUCCCUGGUGUGGAGGGGCAUGUGAACUGUGAUGUGCUGGUUGGCUACAAGGCUGUGUACCGCGUCUGCUUCGGCAUGGCCAUGUUCUUCUUGCUCUUCUCCCUGCUCAUGGUCAAAGUCAAGAGCAGCCAGGACCCGCGAGCUGCACUGCACAACGGGUUCUGGUUUUUUAAGUUUGCGGCAGCAACUGCCAUCACUGUCGGAUCAUUCUUCAUCUCAGAAGGCCCCUUCACUACGGUGUGGUUCUACAUCGGCAUGGCCGGAGCCUUCUGCUUCAUCCUCAUCCAGCUGGUGUUACUCAUCGACUUCGCCCACUCCUGGAACGAGUCCUGGGUGGAGAAAAUGGAGGAGGGCAACUCUCGCUGCUGGUAUGCAGCUCUGCUCUCCGUCACCACUCUGAACUACGUGAUGUCUCUGGUGUCUGUGGUCAUGUUCUACGUCUACUACACCCACUCUGACGGCUGCACAGAGAACAAAGUGUUCAUCAGCAUCAACAUGCUGCUGUGCCUGGGCUCCUCCGUGCUCUCCAUCCUGCCGCACAUCCAGGAGUCCCAGCCCCGGUCCGGCCUGCUGCAGUCCUCCCUGGUGACCCUCUACACCAUGUACCUCACAUGGUCGGCCAUGACCAACGAGCCUGACAGGAAGUGUAACCCGAGCCUUUUGGGCAUCAUCGGUCUGAACAGCACCAGCCCGGCGGGGCAGGACCACGUGGUACAGUGGUGGGACGCCCAGGGGAUUGUUGGCUUGAUCCUUUUCCUCAUGUGUGUCCUCUACUCAAGUAUCCGUAACUCGUCCAACGCCCAGGUGAACAAGCUGACCCUCACCAGUGAUGAGUCGGCCCUGAUCGAGGACGGGCCACAGGCCGACAGUUUUGAGGACGGGGGAGUGAACCGGGCCGUGGACAACGAGAGGGAUGGAGUCACCUACUCCUACUCCUUCUUCCACUUCAUGCUGUUCCUGGCCUCCCUCUACAUCAUGAUGACGCUCACCAACUGGUACAGUCCGGACUCUAACUAUGAGGCCAUGACCAGCAAGUGGCCCGCUGUGUGGGUCAAGAUCUGCUCCAGCUGGAUCUGCAUCGCCCUCUAUGUGUGGACGCUGGUGGCUCCUCUGGUCCUGAUCAACAGAGACUUUGACUGAAGCAGGCACUGCCCCCCCCCCCCAUUCAGUGUUAGUUCAGUAGGUAGUCCCCCGUUUUGAUGUACUGCUCCCCAGCUGUUGCCAUUGUAAAUAGUCCUGUAGUUUCAGAGCUGCAUGCGUUUCCUUUAACCUGACGUCUGUAACAGUAACUCAGUAUUACUCCGGGAAUGCCGUCACAUGUAAACCCAGUUAGAUGGUGCAGAACUCCAGCUGUGGGUCAUCCAGCUUACUUGCACAUCAUGUGCAGUGUUGUGUGUGUGUGUGUGUGUGUCAGCAGCUUGCACAACAAAGGCAUUCCCGCUUCCUUUGCUUCUGCUUGGUGUUACAUUUUGACUUUAAAUGCACAAUAGAAAUUGGUUGUUUGAAAACUUCUCUAAGUUGUUUGGUAGUGUUAGCAUUAGCAUGUAGUUUCUAACGCAGGCACAUUGUGUGUACAUUGUCUCACCUGUGCUUUUAUCCUAAUAUGAUUUUUCUCUUGACAUGUAAAGUGUAUUGUAUGUGGUUUAAUAAAACUGAGGAAAAAUCAGUGUA